AUGAAAAAUAAUAUAGUAAUCAUUACAGGAAUUACAGCUUCAGCAAAAGAAAAUUAUUCUGUGGGUCUGUGGUUAGAGGAUUUGAAGAAGGAAGUCAAUAACGCGCUGGAAAAUUCACAAAUACCUGUCAUCACUGGAGGAAGCGGGCUUUACAUCAGCAGUUUAAUCAAAGGCUUAUCAUCAAUGCCACAAAUAAGUCAGAAAGUGAGAAAAAACGUAAGUGAGCUCAGGAAAAAUUUAAGUAAAGAGGAGUUCUAUAAAUUAGUAUUAAGCAAAGACUCAAAAGUUCAAGAUAAAAUCUGUAUUAAUGACUCGCACCGUCUUUCAAGAGCACUUGAAGUUAUCACUGAAACUGGUAAGACAAUCUUUGUAUGGCAAGAAAAUAGACAGCCUCCUUUAUUCGAUAAUUUUAAGAUAUAUACAAUUUUGCCUAAACGUGAGGAUGUAUACCAAAAAAUAAAUUCUCGUUUUAUCAAAAUGAUCGAAAAUGGAGCAAUUGAUGAAGUAAAAAAGCUACUUAGUAUGAACUUAGCUCCACAUUUGCCAGCUAUGAAAGCACAUGGAGUGCCAGAAAUUGUAAAGUAUUUGAAAGGUGAGAUUACUUUAGACGAAGCGAUACAGAUUGCUCAAACAAACACAAGACACUACGCAAAACGCCAGUACACUUGGUUUAAAAACCAGUUCCCAAGUUCUGAAGUAAUUGAUUGUGCAAAUGAGCUAACAGCGCUUGAAAUAUUUUAA